UUGAAGGAGAGGAGCCCAGGAGGAGCGAAACAUGGCGACCUCGAAUAAUCCGCGAAAAUUCAGUGAAAAGAUCGCGUUACACAACCAGAAGCAAGCGGAAGAGACGGCUGCGUUCGAGGAGGUGAUGAAAGACCUGAGCAUUACUCGCGCGGCGCGUUUACAAUUACAGAAGACUCAGUAUUUACAGCUCGGUCAGAACCGAGGACAGUACUACGGCGGCUCUUUGCCAAAUGUCAACCAGAUUGGAAACACCACCAUUGACCUUCCCUUUCAGGUGAGGAGCACACUGACAGGUGAAAUUAAGAAUGCAUAUGUGGAAUGCAAAUUGGGUACUGACUUCAAGUUUGUUGGUUUUCAUCAGACUCCUUUUCAGAAUUCGGGAUUGGACACAAGCAGAACAACUCGUCACCAUGGGCUGGUGGACAGGGUCUACCGGGACAGGAAUCGCAUCACGUCGCCCCACCGCAGACCUCUCUCUGUGGACAAACAUGGCCGUCAAAUUGAUAGCUGUCCGUAUGCCUCUGUGUAUCUGUCACCCCCACCUGAUACCAGCUGGAGGAGGACCAACUCAGACUCUGCCCUGCAUCAGAGCACUUUGAACCCAAACCCACAAGAUGCAUUUGCAGUAGGGUCCCAAGAUUUGCAGCAAAAACAAGUUCUUCUUCUCACUAUGCCUGGAACAGGGGAACCUAAAAGUGACAUGGACAAAGAAGGUCAAAAGCAGAUAUGGGAUCACAAAAAGACUACUUCACCAAGGCCCAAGUCAAACAAAAUACCUGGAAUCAACAUAUUUCCAUCUCCAGAUCAGGAAAUGAUUGCAUCUCUAAUCCCAGCGGCACACAACACGGGCGGAUCUUUGCCAGACCUGACCAACAUCCAGAUUCCCCCUCCUCUCCCCACACCCCUGGACCCUGAUGACUCCUCUUCCUCUCUCAGUGCCUCCAACAGCACUGGCAACCUGGCCAACACUCACAUGGGCCUCACGUCUGUCAGCCAAGGUGUGACAUCAGCCCAGCCUACAGCGACAGUGAGUAUUCAGCGCCGCCAUGAGAAUGUAGUUCCUCUGAUCCUCAACAUAGACUCCCAGCAGCACCCGAGUCUUCAGCAGCUGUCGCCCACACUCUCUCCUCCGCUCUCUCUUGCACAGGUGGUGGCAAUAGAUGCCAUGACACUGGAGCAGCAGUUGGCUCAGUAUGCGUUCUUCAGUCAGCCGUCCACACAGACACAGGGGGCCGGUGGGCUUCCCCAGCUCCAGCAGAACGCCCAGCUGCCAUCUGUCUCCAGCAGUCAGACACAAACCUCUGUGGGCAUUGAUAUUAACACGGCUGCCUCCCUCCAGCAGUUCCGCUGUAGGGUGGGGUCUUCGGCCAAUCAGUCUCCAACCUCUCCGGUCUCCAAUCAAGGCUUCUCUCCGGGGGGCUCGCCUCAACACUCAUCCAUUCUCGGAAGUGUCUUUGCUGAUGCCUUUUACGACCAACAGCUGUCCCCUCGGCAAACCAACGCUUUGUCUCAGCAGCUGGAGCAGUUUAACAUAAUUGAGAAUCCCAUCAGCUCAAACAGUCUGUACACUGAGGGAUCCACUCUAAACUACUCUCAAGCUGCGAUGCUAAACCUCACCGGGAGCCACGGCAGCCUGCAGGACUCGCAGCAGCUAGGCUACAGCAGCCAUGGGAACAUCCCCAACAUCAUUCUCACAGUUGCAGGAGAGUCUCCCCUGAGCCUAUACAAAGAGUUGUGCAACUCUCUGACAGGUGACGUGAGCUUUGACGCAGAUUCCCAGUUCCCUCUGGAUGAGCUGAAAAUCGAUCCGCUGACGCUGGAUGGCCUGCACAUGCUCAACGAUCCAGACAUGGUUCUGGCCGACCCUGCAACAGAAGAUGCUUUCCGGAUGGACAGACUGUAAAUCUUUAGGUAUACCAUGUUCAUUUGUCCUUCUUUGAGAUGGGUGUUUAAAUGGGAGAGAAGCAGCAUGUUUGGGGGACACUUUGACCCUGUUUCUCAAAGCCCGUCCUCUGGGAAGAGAUUGCUGAGAAUGCUGCCACAGCAUACUAGGGGAAAAAUGGGAAAGCAGUGCUGCCACAUCUAACGAAUCAAGCUUUUGAGAAAGCAGCCCAUCGUUUCUUAGGAUUAUACACUCGCACCUCAGCAAUUGUGAUUCUUUUAGCUCUAUAGAGAGAAUGUGACACUACAUAAGUUCCCUCUUAACAUUCAAACAUGCGCUCUUCCAUUUCAUUUCCUCCUCCUGAUGCCUGCCAUACAUGCCUGUUACUUUCCUUUUUCUUUAAGUAUGAAUAUUUAGUUAUGCACUUUUUAUACAUGCAUAUGCCACCAAAAACAUAGUUUAUGAUCCGUUUUGAAUUUAUUUUCCUAUACAAAUAUUUCUUGCUUGAAAAAACAUGAAUGGUUCAAAAGGAGUGUUAAUCCUCCCCAUUUUAAGGGCAGCUUUCUUGCACCUGCAACACGUCAACAACACUAAUGUACUUCAGUGCAGUCUGGACAUAUGAUUGUAAUGUUUUAUAGAUGUCUAGUUUUGUCAUGUCGUUUUAGAUAGUGGUACAGUGCUUAUGUGUACUCAAGAUGAUCAAUUUCAUCUGGCUGAAAAGUGUGCAACUGGAAAUCUGGAUAUCAAAAGACACAUUUACACGUUUAAUGGGAUAAGUUCUGUCAUCAUCUGCUCACCCUUGUAUGCCUUUUAUUUGUGGAAGAAAAUAUUUUUGUCCAUACAUUAAAAGUCAGAGUCAUCCCAUUGACUUUCAUUGUUUUGUCACACACACAAAAAAGAAACUCGUACAGGUUUGGAAUGAUGAGAGUGAGUAAAUGAUGAAAUAACUUUUCAUUUUUGAGUGAACUGUCCCUUUAAAAUGUGCAGUAUAUGCACACAAACAAUGUAAAAGGAAGUGGCUAGUGAACAAUUGGUUAUGCAUUUAGGAAACCUUUUCAUGCCAGUAAUAUGGUGUUUUAAAUCAACAGACUUAUAUAAUAGAUGUACAGUAUGUAGUGUUAGAGUUAGGCCUAAAAUCUCGGCCAUGGUAACUGGUACAGUCAAAAUGAUGCUACAAACUUUACUCUGAAAGAAACAUUAUCUGACAGUAUGUGAUCAUGAUGAUCGUUUGCAUAUAUGUAUCAGAACUAUUCACUGUGAUAACCAGAUUCUGCCUUACACUGAAGAUGCAGUUUUUCGUCCAUUUUGUUCUCCGUAGCUGAAGGUGUUUUCUGGUACUGUAACUCACGAGGUUGUCCUGGCACACAGUUCUCAUUCAUCUACUGGUGGACUUGUGCCCAAAUGGAGAGGUUUACUGCUCUUUUUAAAUCCUGUCACUAUCAUCUUUUUCUCAUGUCUCUCAGACUUUUAUACUCUUACCACUUUUGUGUCAGAAUUUUGUUUACAAUUUGAAAACAUUAAUAUGAUCUUAAUGUUUAAAUUAUUGAAAUGCU